AUGAAUUCUUAAAUCGAAAGAAACUCUGAUCCUCCCCGUACUAAUGUGAUUUUGGUUGUAAUAACUAACAAAGCUAACAAAACCUUGAGUCAUGAUAAAUAUUUUAAAGUGUUUAGCCCUUUUGGUACCAUAUAGAGAAUGCUCAUCUUUGAGAGAUCACUCACAUGGAAAACCUUUGUGGAAUUCGACAACCCAGAAUCAGCACUAAAAGCUAGAUCAUAGAUGAAUGAUAAAUUCUUCUGUGAUGAUAACACAUUGUUGAUGAAUGUGUAUGCGAGCAAAUUGACCUACAUCACAUUCCAAGAGAACAACACGGGGGGAGUAGAUUACACUCAGUUAAGAAAAAAGGAAUCCUCACCUCCAAAUGAAGUGACAUAAUCUUCUUCGUCCAUCAAAAGCAAUCCCAUUCCUCCUUAAUAAAACUUCUAAUUCUUGUAAUCACAAAUGCAGUUCUAACACCAAAUGUCUCAGCAAAUCCAGCAAAUCAAUUCUCUGAUGGGGCAAUUGUAACAGGCCUGUGCAGAAGGCUUUGCCACACCUUUACAAUAGACAAACGACCUUUAGAAUCAGAUCGAGAAGCAGCAGUCGAUUUUGAAGGACAUUUACGAUUUUUAACUAAAAUUUUCUAAUCUCACCGACAAUUACUAAAACUUCUUAUAGGAAUACAAUCAACUAGACGAUUAAAAGUCAAUCAGUGUGCAAUCUAGCAACAACGGCAAACAAAAUCGAAAGAAACUAACACUGCCCAAUGACAAAAAGGCUCAAAAUGGGGAUUAGAUUGAAUUCAUACAGAGUUACCAUGAAACCGAUGUUACAAAGGAUGUCAUGUUCCAUAGUUCUGAUAAAUUGAUUGAUCAAAUGCAGGUGCAGAAAAUGUAUUUGAGUGAGGGGAAGAGCGUUGCGAAAGCAGAAGAUCUCAAUUUCAAUGGAUUGGGUUUGAGAGACUCGGAAGGAGAGGAUGACAAUCUUCAGGAAUACGAGGAAGAACUAUUCUAAUGUGAUAAUGAGAUUGAGAACGAGGAAGAUGACAUCAACAAUGAAUUGUUCAAGUUUGUUGAUCAGAAUCAAGAGUUCACUGAAGGAGAGAAACAGAAGAUCUUCAAUAAAUUGAAUCAAGAUAUGCUCUUUGACAAAAAUGAUAAUCAAGUGGCUCAUCAAGUUGAAAAACAAACACAGCAAAACACCAUUGAAUAAUCAUCGAGGAGUGUCGACAACAUUGAUCAAUUGAUCAGCAAAGGUAAGAUCCAGAGGUAAAGCACUUCCAAAAGUCAGACUCUAUAAUAAUAAUAAGAGAAGUUGGAAGAAUAUGUGAAUCCCCUAUUUUUUAAAGCUCUACGCAAAUCUAAAGUCAUCUACGCUCGGUGGUUCGAUAAGAAAGUUGUCACAUCGGCUAUGCUUUACAAUAUAUUCAGCAUCUAUGGCAACAUAGACAAGAUGAUCUAUCUCAAGGAGAGAUCAAGUUGUCUCAUUCAAUAUGUGAUGCAGGGUCAUGCAGCUAUAGCCAAAGAGGCGUUGAAUGACAUCAUGUUUUAUGGAUAAUAAAUCAAAAUCUUUUUUUCAAAUUAUGAGGAAAUAUCCUUAAAAACAUAACCAACCAAACCAGGUGAAAUUGCUUCUGAUCCUAAAACCCAAGAGGAAUAUUUCUAGGGAGGAGAAGAAACUCACCGCAUCAAACCUGAUUCCACUUAUACUCUUGCUCCACCUUGUGACACAAUCUAAGUUUCUAAUCUUACAAGAAAUUCUUGUCAAAAUUCUAUAAUGUAAUAAUAUAUGCAAGAUUUUGGAUAAAUCAAAGCGUUGAAAAUCCUAUCUACUGGCAAUAAGUAUUUGUGUAUCCUGAAAUAUGCCACUACUGAAGUGGCAUUGACAGUUUUAGCAAAUAUGAAUGGAUUAGAAUUGGAUGGAAAACCUAUAUAAAUUAACUUUUCUAAACAAAAAUUAUGA